AUGGGUAAGAGGGAAUCAGAAGGUGAAAUUGGUAAUAUUCAACGAACGAUGGAUCAACAACCUGCUACGGUAGAAUUACUUGACUCCACUAAGCAUAUCUUCUAUGUAUCGAAAAAAGCUGAAGGAGGUGAGCUAUUUGAUAAGGUGUGCGCGUUUCUCAAUCUCUCUGAAAAAGAUUACUUCGCACUAUGUUUUAUUGAUAGCGAUGGUAAUCAACAAUGGAUCUAUGAUGAUAAGCGAAUUUCAAAGCAGUUGAAAGGUCAUUCGUGGAACUUUAUUUUUCAAGUGAAAUUUUAUCCACCUGAACCAGCAACAUUGGCUGAAGACAGAACGCGUCAUUUUUUAUGCUUACAAGUUCGGCAUGAUAUUUCCACUGGCAAGCUUCCAGCUACUCUUGCUACGCAUGCUUUACUGGGUUCAUACGUUGCGCAAUCUGUGCGAGGUGAUUACGAACCCUCCUUACAAUAUAUCGAUUUUCUCAGAAGUUGCGAUUUAGCUCCAGCGCCAAAUGAAACACUUUACGAAAAAGUUGAAGAACUGCACAAACAUCACAAAGGCGAAACGUCGGCUGAAGCGGAUUUACAUUAUCUAGAAAAUGCCAAGAAGCUAAGCAUGUAUGGUGUUCAACUUUUCCAUGCGAAGGAUGGGAAAGGUACACCUGUUCAGAUUGGAAUCAGUGCCCAUGGGAUCAAUGUAUAUCUUGAUCAGAUCCGUGUGCAUCGUUUUCUUUGGCAGAACAUCAUCAAAAUUGGUUAUCGACGCAAUAUUUUUGUAAUCAAAGUUAAACCUGGUGAACUUGAGAAAAAUGAAUCGACAGCCGCUUUCAAAUUAGUUGAUUAUGAAGCAGCAAAACGAGUUUGGAAAUGUGGCGUCGAGCACCAUACGUUCUUCAGAUUGAUCCAGCCGGAAGAAAAGCCACAUAGAGGCUUAUUCCGUUGGGGUUCAGCAAGAUUUCGUUAUCAGGGACGCACUCAGUUUCAGUCAAAAAUGGCUUCACAAAUGUUCUAUAAUAGUCAUCCAGUUCAACGUUCUCAGAGUGUUCGUGUAACUCAAAAUGAUGGAAAUGUUACAGUUCCGGUUUCAACAAGUCAAACUUUACCUCUGAUGCAUUCCGAGAGUGGAACCGGUAGGGAAUUAGAAUGGAGCAGCAGUCAGAUGAUUUCACCCGAGAAAAUAUACUCAACGCAUGUAAUGGGAGCUACACAGAACAGAGAAAAUAACAUGAUGCCAAAUGGUGCAGAGGUGGGUAACACCAAUAAUACUUCAGGAAAAUCGCGUGAUAGUGUUCAUUAUUCUGCUAUUUUUACUACUUCUGUUACAACUACAACUACUACUACUAACAGUGCUGUCAUUACUACUACUAUUACUACUCCUACUACCACUAUUACUAGUACUACUGUUACUGAGCAUUUCAAGCAGCCUUUAUUGCCUCAUGUUUCUUCACAUUCCAUAAAAAUUGCACGAGGUACUGGUUCUUCCAUGCAUGAAUUUUCGAAUGGUGAUUUUCAUAGUGAGUCACGUUAUCUAUCCGAUAAUUUACACGAGAGCAAAUCAGUAUUUCGAAGAGAAAAGGAUACGGAAUUUUUGCCGGUUGAAGAUAAGGCAGUUGUUUAUCAUCCUGGACAUUAUGAAGAAGUGACUGGAAGUCAUAGCAGACAAUUUCGUGAGCCACCAAUUGAACCGGGUGAUGAUUUUGUGUUGGUUCAUAGACCAAAGUUAGGAUCAGUGGGAAAAAUUUUCCAUCAAAGUGGUGCAGAAACUGACAUUCUGGUAAAAGAAGAAGAUAUUGGAACGUAUCCAAUACAUCAUUUUGCUGAUGUUUACCAUUCUGGUUUCUCGCGUCCAAUUAGCGGAAAUAAAGAUUUCGAAGCAUUUGAACAUAAGAAAUAUUUGAAAACAGAUGAUGUUGCGGAUAAACCAGGGAAAAAAGUCCAACAAACGGUGGAUAAACAAAAAUAUUCGGCAAAUGAGAAAUUUCCUAGUAGCGGAAACAAAGAUUCUGAAGUAUUCGAACAUAAGAAAUAUUUGAAAACAGAUGAUAUUGCCGAUAAAUUUGGAAAAAAUAUCCGACAAACGGUGGAUAAACAAAAAUAUCCGGCAAGUGAGAAAUUUAAAGGACCUAUUUUGCAUACUGAAAAAAGUAUGGAACUGCCGAUCCAACCACUAAGGAUUGAUACUCACGUUUAUAAUCAAGGAUAUUACGAUACUAUAGAUGCAACCCGAACAGAUACUGAUGAAAAAGGCAACAUACGGAACUGGCUUAGUUGUUAUAAAAAACCAGAAAAAUCUCCAACAAAGUUACUGAAAGAAAAGAAUAAAGAUGUUAAGGAGAAGAUGGAGAAAAGUGCAAGUAAGCUAGAUAAUUCUGAUCAUACGGUUAAUGAGUCUGGAGCUGUAGAUGAUCAAGAAAAUCAAAUAAAGAAAAUUGCUGUUAUUCAUAUCAAACAGCCAGGUUAUGAAAGACAAAUCGUGCAAACAAGUUAUUAUAAUGCGGAAUCAUCUGAAAGAGAACAUGAAAAGACGACAUAUUUGAAGGAAAGCAAGCUUGUAACAAGUGCUCUUGAAGCCAAUAAAAGUUUCAGUAGCAGUAUAAAGGAGAAAGCUUAUGAUUCAACAAAGCUGAAACAAACUUGUCAUCUUUUCGUUAGCACUGCAGAUAGUUAUCGCGUUGAACCUGGAGCAUAUGGAAUGCCAUCAACCUCUUAUGAUGAACAAUUGUAUAAUAUUAAACGUGAAAAUGAGCUCCCAUCUUUACCAAUUCGUGAAUAUGUUACGGUUUAUCAUCCCGGUAUGUCGAUUAUUAAAGAUAAAAAACGCCGGAAAUUUUUGAUUCGAAAGGAGCAACAAAAAGCUACAUCGAGUGAAGCAUCAACCGAUGAAGAGAUGCAAAGCGAUAAGGGAAAGAAGUGGACAGCAAUUCUCGAUAUAUCUAGAGCUGAUAAAAGUGACUUAACCAAUGUUGAUAGUGUUGAAAAAAGAUCAAUCAACGAGGAAACCAGAACAAAACAUGUGACAAGUAAAAUGAAAGAAAAUGAAUAUCUCGAUCCGGUGAAACUUGUUCGUACAAUCGAUUCUGAGACGCAAAAAUCUACUCAGAAAAUAAAAGAUAAGAAAAAAGAUACAAAAUCAGUUGAUACGCAAAAUGUUAAAAGUGAAAGUACCCGUCAGAAAAUGAAAGCUAUAUUGCAUAUUAAUGAGAGUCAAAGUAAAUCAAGUUAUACAGGGAAAGAAACUGUUCUCAAAAAGGCCGACGAAUCAAAAAAUAUUCAGCAUACGACUCGAUCGACAUUCAGUAUAUUAGGCAUUGGGAAGUUAGGAGAAAAGGCCAAAAAGGCAGAAUUACUCGAACAAUCAUGCAAUAUACAUAUUCUGGAUAAUACACCUCCUCCAGUGAAGUUAUCUCGAGUAACUGAAAUUCCAUUUCAACCUUUGCAUCGUGCAGUAAAAAUGCCAAAUCAAAUACAAAACAUGUCAUAUAACUAUAGAACAUUUAAGAGAGCAAAACAUAAAGGUACCGUGGAAUUUGUCGCAAAAGAAAAUAUUAAUCCUAAAAGUUAUAGACUUGAACAUACACCUUAUCAAGGUCCUUUAGAUAUCAUAAGUUUUACAAAAGGAUUACAAUUUGCGCCAAUUCAUGAAUAUUCUACUGUAUACCAUCAUGGUAAUACUUAUCUGAAAUCACGCAAAAUAAACAAACGAAGGAAUGCUUCAGAGAUUCAAAAUGAAGAGAAACCUGGUAUUUUGAAAAGUAAAAAAAUUGAUGCUUUGCAGCUGAACAAGAAUGAUUAUUUUGACGCAAAGUACCACGAAGAGGAAAAGAAUGAUAGUGAAGUUUUUUUGGCGAAAAAGAAAGAUCAAGUAACCAUGUAUGCGGCAAAGAUUUAUUGCAAAACUCCGAUGGAAACAAGAAAAGUCAAGAAGCAUCCUUUCAAAUAUCAUACAAUUUCUGGUGAUGUUGAAAUUGUAGAGAAAUCAUUCGUGAAACCCGAAACAUAUAAACUUGAUACUGUUCCUUACGAUGGACCAAUAAGCUGUUUGGAACAUGGAAAGGAAUUAUCAUUCACACCUCUCCAGGAAUGUACAGCAGCAUAUCAUAGUGGAAUUUCUCACAAGACAAGAUUGCGUGAUAGCAGCACUGAAUCAAGUUCAAGUUCGAGUUUCAGUAGUGGCAGUAGCAGUUCUUCAAAAUCAAGCUCUUAUAUCUCAAAAAAGUAUAAAGAGCCGAAGAAAAAUAUUAUACUGCAUGUUACUCCUAGUAAUAAACGUGACACAAAUGAUGUUGCAACGGAAUCACCGAAGCGAAAAGGAAUUUUUACAUUUUGGCGUAAAACGGUUCAUAGCGAAAAAGAAGGAGGCUUUUCAGAUAAUAAAAAAGAAAAACUGGAUGCUUCACCAAAAUCUUAUCUUAUUCAUCAACAACCGGAGCUCUCAACUGAUUUUACUGCAAAGCAAACAACAUCAUCACCUUCGGUCUUGGUAAAGGAUUCUGUAGAGGAGCCGAAAAGUGAUUUGCAUGUAAAAAGCGAAAACAAAAAAAUGAAUGCACAUCUGUAUAUAAAGAACAAGCCUUCCACGGCUUCAGAGUAUGCUGACGAUAAUAGCAAACGUGCGAAGUUUGGUUUGUUACAUUUUUGGAGAUCGGCAGACAAAGAAAACAAGUUAAAUUCGAAAAAAUGCAACUUUGUCAUUGAUGAUAUGAAUAGUUGUAAUGAGGAACCUCUCGAUCACACUAUUAAUUCCAAUUCAUCUCAUGAGGAAGCAAAUGUUCAAUUAGCUACAGGGAGCAAAAAGAAACCGAUUAUUUAUGUAAUUGAUAAGGAAGAGAAUGAAUUGGACUAUUCUACGGAUAUGGAAGAAAAAUCGUUAAAUCACAGUGCAAUAUCACCAACUGAUCAAAACAAAGCAAAUAUAGAAACGAAGAAAAAUGUUAUGAUCUAUCUUAAACGUGAUACUGAAUUUUCUGAUGAUGUACCAUUGAACUUAAAUGGUAAUCGUGGAAUUUUUAAGCAGGAAAAUGCAGCAGCGGCAGCGAUGUGUGCAAUUUCACCCCAUGCAUCGUCAUCAAAGAACAGCGAGAGCGGCAAGUUAAGUAACAUAAAAGAAUCACAGUUAGUGGAUAAGAGUAUUACUCUUUCACCGAAAAAUAUUGAUUCAAUUGAAAGUAAUCUAAGAAGGUACGAUAAGAGUGGCGAUGUUGGAUAUACAGCAAAGAUUAAGGUUAAGCGUAAUUUGAGAAAUGCUGGUAACGAUUUGCAGCAGGAUUCAAAUUUGAAAGCAAAAGAGAUAAAUGUAUCAGAUGAUGGUGUCACCAAGAAAUCUAGCUUCAUCAUAAAAGGGUUUCAUCUUCGUGGUCCACCGUGUGAAUCGGAAGCAAAAAUUGUAACUAAUAGCGAGCUUAAGAAAGAUGCGCAUAUAGCUGAAGCUGUAGAAACCGGUGAAGCAACUGUUACAAAGAAACAAAAAGCAGAUUUUCCAGAUAAUGCUGACAAACCGAUACCAUAUGAAGAACCAAAAAUGAAGUUGAAGUUAACUGGAAGUGAUAAUAACUUAAAGGAAAACAAAAGAGAUAGUGGUAAAAAUAUCAAAGGUAGUUUUUUCUCUUCGUUAUGGCGUGGAAGCAAAUUGAAAGGUUACGGUCAGGAUGUGCACCGAAAACGGGAGAAAUUGACAGGGAAAGAUAUUCAUGGAACCGAAUCAGCAAUAAUGCGAAUGACAUCACCGUCGAAUGAAUUGGAAUAUAACAUUCUGCAAACAAAAUAUAUCCUCGAUUCGGCUGAGUCUUCAUCAAAUGGUACUCAAGUUAGAGAGCAAACAAGACAAGAUUUUAUUCCAGUUUAUGAUUUCUCAUAUGUUCCCAAUUUUUCGGCACUCAUUGAGGAUACGAAGAUGUCUACCGGUACAGCUGCAGGUUAUAUGACAAAACAGAUCGGAUUCGGUGGCGAACAAGAUGAUGCAACAAUGACUGAUAAGAUUAUUAGUGAAACUGGAGAACAAAAAGAAAGCAAAUUGAAGCAGUGGUUUAGUGACUGCUUGAAAGACAUGGAAGAGUAUAAUAAUAUGUCUGCUUUAUCGGAGGAUCAGGACGAGAAUUGGAGACAAGAACAAUCUGAAGUGAUGGAAAAGACAUUUGUUUCGGAAUUGAUAUGGGAAAAGGUGGAUGUAGAUACGGAAAGACAGAAAGUUCAGUAUAUGGAGCCGGGAAUUCUCGAGACUGGAAAGUUAUUUGAUCAAAGUGGAAUCAGUGGUGGUGAAAUAUCAGAUGAGCCGUAUAAAUUUACCCAGACACCGCCAGAUAUUCCGGUUCUAGAUUCCAAAACUCCAAGUGAUUUUGUGGAGGAAGCCAAGCGACAAGUAACGCAGGUGGUUACCAAAACAUUACCGUCAUCAGACAUUGGAAAGAAAUUAGAGAAAAGAAAGAAACGAUCAAAAAUAGAAGCGUCACCAGAUGAAAGCGAAAGUUCCAAUACAUCUGAAAUGGAAAUUGCGUCACACUAUGAUUCCUUCUCUUUCAACCAGGCAAAGAAAGGGGCAAACAAGCCAGAAGUGACUAGUGAAUUACCUUCUGAUCAAGCAGAAUUAGACGGCGGAUGCAUGCUACUAAAAGAAAUCAAAGAAAUGUAUGGUCUAAAGAGUGUGGAAACUCUACCAGUCACUCAUCCGGCUAAUGUUGACAGUUCUCUUCCUCAUGCAAACAUUGAAUUGUGGCAAGAAACAGUAAUAAGUGAACCUGAAGCAGUGGUCACCAGUGUUGAUCAUCAAGAAAAUAUUAUCAAAAAAGGGAUUAAAACGCGACAAGUGACACAUACGGUGCAGCAAAAAACAUAUCAAACUUCUAGUGCUUCAAGUCAAAAUGAAAAUUCUGAAAUUGAGGCAACAGAGAAGUCAUUUGUAUAUAACGGUAAUGAGAACAUGACAAGCUUUCAAGGAUCGAUUAUGGAAACACCGGACAAUAAAUCGACUUACGAACCAACGACUGGUAUAAACAAAGUCAUUGGGAAUGAUUAUUCAGAUAUUCCAGGGGAAUUAGUUUCCAGUCGUACUGUUACACAAGGCAAUCGCACUAUCGAAACAAUAACUUAUAAAACUGAGAAGAAUGGUACUAUGGAAACCCACGUUGAACAUCGUGUAACUAUUCAUUCUUGUGAUGAUAUUGACCAUGAUGCUGAACUGAGCCAAGCAAUUCUAGAAGCGACUAAUAUGAAUCCAGAUAUGACAGUUGAAAAAAUUGAAGUGAAACAUGAAACACAAUGUUAG